GCUCCGUGCCACGCAGAGCUGGAGGCGCUGGCAGAGCAGUGCCCGCAGCCCCGCUACCACACCGUGUGCGAGAUCUUCGGCACCAGGGUCAUCUGGAAGAACGCCGUCAUCCUCGGCUUCACCGCGUUCAUCGGCUCCGGCAUCCGGCACUGCUUCACCCGCAAUCUGGCCCCGCACCUCCCGCGUUUCCUGCCCGCGUACUUCGCGCUGCGGGGCCCCGAGGCGGCCGCGUGCCUUUUCCUCUGCGUCACCGCGGAGCGCUGCGGGCGUCGCGCUGUGCUGCUGCUGUGCACCGUGCUGACCGGCACCGCCUCGCUGCUGCUGCUGGCGCUCACCCAGUACCUCCUGGAGCUCAUCGUGCUGAUGCUGUCCGUGCUGGGGGUCACCGCCUCGCACGCCGUCACCAUGCUCAGCAUCUUCUUCGCCAGCGAGGUGCUGCCCACCGUGGUCAGAGGCGCGGGGCUGGGCCUGGUUGUGGGGGCCAACCUGGUGGGCUCCGCGGCCGCCCCCAUCGCCGCCGUCGCCAGCAGCCGCGGGUUCUUCCUGCACCACCUGGUGUUCGCCUCCUUCGCCAUCCUGGCGGUGCUCAGCAUCAUGCUGCUGCCCGAGAGC